AACAUUGUAAUAUUACACGAAUAAAGUUGCACAUUUACGAGAAAAAAGUUGUAAAUUUAUGAGAAAAAACGUAAUAUUAAAAGAAUGUAGUCGUAAAUUUACAAGAAAAAUGCUGCAGUAUUGCAAGAAUAAAGUUGUACAUUUAUGAGAAAAAAUGUAAAUAUACAAAAAAACUGACAUUUGCGAGGAAAAAAAUGCCUAAAUUUACUAGAAUAAAGUCGUGAAAUUAAUUAUUUAAUGUAUUUUUUUAAAACAUUUUUUCUCUGACUUUUUUUUCUCGUAAAUGUACAACUUUAUUGUCCUAAAUGUACAGCUUUUGUUAAUAAUAUAAAUCAAACUACAAUCUAUAAAGAGGGGGCUUCUGGGUAGUCCGGUUUCCUCCCACAUUCCAAAAACAUGCAUGUUAGCUUCAUUGGAGACUCUAAAUUGUCCAUAGGUAUGAAUGUGAGUGUUUGUCUAUAUGUGCCCUGCCAUUGGCUGGACACCAGUCCAGGGUGUACCCCACCUGUCGCCCGAAGUCAGCUGGGAUAGGCUCCAGCAUGCCCCCCAACGAGGGUCGUUGGGGGGCAUCCGUGCUUGCAGGCGAGCGUCUGGUGGUCGGGCUUUCACCCGUGGAACCCAGCCGGGCUCAGCCCGAAGAAGCCACACGGGAUCUCCCCCCCGUAGACCCACCACCUGCGGGGGCAAGCAUAAGGGUCCGGUGCAUUGCGUAUUAGGUGGCGGUCGAGGGCGGGCACCUGGGCGACCUGGUCUUCGGCGGCCAAAUCUGGCUCUUGGGACAUGGAACGUCGCUUCUCUGGCGGGGAAGGGGCCUGAACUUGUGAGCGAGGUUGAGACAUUCCGACGAGAUAUAGUCGGACUCACCUCGACCCACAGUUUGGGUUCUGGAUCCGAACUCCUCGAGAGGGGAUGGACCUUGUUCUAUUCUGGAGUUGCUGCAGGGGAGAGGCGGCAAGCUGGUGUGGGCUUAUUAAUAGCCCCCCAGCUCGGUGCCUCUGUGUUGGAGUCAUCCCCGGGGAACGAGAGGGUCAUUUCCCUACGCCUUCGGGUUGGAGAAAGGGUCCUGACUGGUCGUUGGUAAGUACGCGUAAGUACGCGCCAAACGGCAGUUCAGAGUACCCAGCCUUCCUGGAGUCCAUCAGAGGGGUGCUGGAGAGCACCCCAACUGGUGACUCUGUCGUUUUACUGGGAGACUUCAACGCCCAUGUGGGCAAUGACAGUGUGACCUGGAGGGGCGUGAUUGGGAGGAACGGCCUCCCCGAUCUGAACCCGAGUGGUGUGAUGUUGUUGGACUUCUGAGUGAACCACAGUUUGUCCAUCACAAACACCAUGUUCCAGCAUAAGGAUGUCCAUAAAUGCACAUGGCACCAGGACACCCUAGGCCGCAGGUCUAUGAUCGACUUUGUUGUCGUAUCAUCAGACCUGCGUCCGCAUGUUUUGGACACACGGGUAAAGAGAGGGGCUGAGCUGUCAACUGAUCACCACCUGGUGAUGAGUUGGAUUAGAUGGUGGAGGAGGAUGCCGGACAGACCCGGCAGACCCGGCAGACCCAAACAUGUAGUGAGGGUGUGCUGGGAACGUUUGGCAGAGUUUCCUGUUUGUCGAGUCUUCAGCUCUCACCUCCGGCAGAGCUUCUCCUGCAUCCCAGGGGAGGACGAGGAUAUCGAGUCCGAAUGGGCUCUAUUCCGUGCCUCCAUUGCUGAGGCAGCCAAUCGGAGCUGCGGCCGCAAGGUGGUCGGUGCCAGUCGUGGCGGCAAGCCCCGAACCCGAUGGUGGACACCAGAGGUCAGGGCUGCCGUCAAGCUGAAGAAGGAGUCCUAUUGAGCAUGGAUGGCUUGUGGGACUCCUGAAGCAGCUGACAGGUACCGGCAGGCCAAGCGGCACGCGGCUUCGGCGGUGGUCGAGGCAAAAACUCGGGUGUGGGAGGAGUUCGGUGAGGCCAUGUGUUUUAGAAUAUUUUUAGAGGAUCGUGUUCAGUCGGCACACAGAAUGACACAGACACAUCAAGGUAUUUUAGCCUAAACAAGGGCGUAUUUAUUUAAGCAUCAACACACAAGAUAUAUGAUUGCAGCGAAAAAGCCUCUUACCUACGCCAACAGGGUGGAGAGCCAACACCCAUGGAAGAGUUCGCAUCAAUCGGCUGGGCGUUCGAUCACAACCCGCAGCAAACUCCGUCUAGGUGUUUUCGCUCACCCCUCUUUAUGCCAGUCUGUUCAUGCGAGCGUGAGAACGGGGUGGCCUGCCCCGAAACUCAGGCAUUCGCACACAGAGUUACUGUUUUUAACAAAACAGGCGCCAGGCAACCUAGUUUGGUUUUAUGAGUGUCCUGUCUUCCUCAGUACAUAACAAGCACCUGGUAGGCAAGGUCAGCAGAUAACAAUAACAAGAUACUUCCCAAACCCAUCACCCUUUCUCACAUUCGUAUCAAGGGAAACGAAUGUUCAGAACAGCACAAACCCUUUCUCACAUUCGUAUCCUGGGAAAUGAAUGUUCAGAACAACACAAACCCAUCACCCUUUCACACCAUGGAACACAACUUUCGGUCGGCCUCGAAGAGGUUCUGGCAAACCGUCCGGCGCCUCAGAAAGGGGAAGCAGUGCCCUGUCCACACUGUUUACUGCUGACCUUGACUGAGGAUAUACAGUAGUCGGACAGUGGACGGAAUACUUUGAGGCCCUUCUCAAUCCCACUGACAUAUCUUCCAUAGAGGAAGCAGAGUCUGAGGACACAAACGCGGACAGUUCCAUUACCGUGGCUGAGGUAUCUGGGGUGGUCAAAACGCUCCCCAGUGGCAAAGCUCCGGGAGUGGACGAGUUUCGCCCUAAAUUCCUCAAGGCUCUGGAUGGUGAGGGACUGUCUUGGCUGACAUGUCUCUUCAACAUUGGGUGGAAGUCGGGAACAGUAUCUCUGGAUUGGCAGACUGGGGUGGUGGGCCCCCUUUUCAAGAAGGGUGACCGAAGGGUAUGUUCCAACUAUAGGGGGAUCACACUCCUCAGCCUCCCUGGGAAAGUCUAUUCCAGGGUGCUGGAGAGAAGGGUACGACCGUUAAUCGAACCUCGGCUACAGGAGGUGCAAUGUGGUUUUCGUCCUGGUUGCGGAACACUGGACCAGCUCUACACCCUUGCAAGGGUACUGGAGGGUACUUGGGAGUUUGCCCAACCAGUCUACAUGUGCUUUGUGGACCUGGAAAAGGCAUUCGACUGUGUUCCUCGCGGUGUCCUGUGGGGGGUGCUCCGGGAGUAUGGGAUUGGUGGCGAGCUACUACGUGCCAUUCAGUCCUUGUACAACUGGAGCAGGAGCCUGGUUCGCAUUGCCAGUAGUAAGUCAAGCCUGUUUCUGGUGAACGUUGGCCUGCGCCAAGGCUGCCCUUUGUCACCGAUUCUGUUUAUAAUUUUCAUGGACAGAAUUUCUAGGCGCAGCCAAGGUGUCGAGGGAGUCCAGUUCGGGGGCACUAAGAUCUCAUCUCUGCUAUUUGCAGACGAUGUGGUCCUGAUGGCCUCAUCGGGCUGUGACCUGCAGCGUUUACUGGGACGGUUUGCAUCUGAGUGUGAAGCUUCUGGGAUGAGACUCAGCACCUCCAAAUCCGAGGCCAUGGUUCUCAGUCGGAAAAGGGUGGAUUGCUCCCUCCGGGUUGGGAAUGAGGUCCUGCCCCAGGUGGAGGAGUUCAAGUAUCUCGGGGUCUUGUUCACGAGUGAGGGAAGGUUGGAGCGUGAGGUCGAUAGGCGGAUCGGCGCAGCGUCUGCAGUAAUGCGGUCGCUGUACUGGACCGUCGUGGUGAAGAGAGAGCUGAGCCGGAAGGCAAUGCUCUCAAUUUACUGUUCGAUCUAUGUUCCCACCCUCACCUAUGGUCAUGAGCUUUGGGUCAUGACCGAAAGAGCGAGAUCGCGGAUACAAGCGGCUGAAAUGAGUUUUCUUCGUAGGGUAGCGGGACUCACCCUAAGAGACAGGGUGAGGAGCUCGGUUGUCCGGGAGGAGCUCAGAGUAGAGCCACUGCUCCUUCACAUCGAGAGGAGCCAGCUGAAGUGGCUCGGGCAUCUAGUCCGGAUGCCUCACGAACGCCUCCCUGGUGAGGUGUUUCGGGCAUGCACAGCCGGGAGAAGGCCCCGGGGAAGACCUAGGACACGCUGGAGGGAUUAUGUCUCACAGCUGGCCUGGGAACGCCUUGGUGUCCUCCCGGUGGAGCUGGAGGAGCUGGUCGGGGACCGGGAAGUCUGGGCUUCCCUACUGAGACCGCUGCCCCCGCUACCCAGACCCGGAUAAGCGGAGGAAAAUGGAAUGGAAUGAAAUGGAACACUAAAGAAGCAGGAAACAUAUAUAAAACAUAGAAAAAUACACUAAAUCGGAGAUUUAUCAUUCAAUACACUAAAGAAGCAGGAAACAUUUAUAAAACAGAAAAAUACACUAUAUAGGACAUUUAUCAUUCAAAAUACUAAAGAAGCAGGAAACAUAUAUAAAACAGAAAAGUACACUAUGUCGGACAUGUAUCAUUCAAUACACUGAAGAAGCAGGAAACAUAUAUAAAACAUAGAAAAAUACACUAUAUAGGACAUUUAUCAUUCAAAAUACUAAAGAAGCAGGAAACAUAUAUAAAACAGAAAAGUACACUAUGUCGGACAUGUAUCAUUCAAUACACUCAAGAAACAGGAAACAUAUAUAAAACAUACAAGAAUACACUAUAUAGGAGAUUUAUCAUUCAAUACACUAAAGAAGCAGGAAACCUAUAUAAAACAUAGAAAAAUACACUAUAUAGAACAUCUAUCAUUCAAUACACUAAAGAAGCAAAAAACAUACAGUAUAUAAAACAUAGAAAAAUACACUAUAUAGGACAUCUAUCAUUCAAUACACUAAAGAGGCAGGAAACAUAUAUAAAACAUAGAAAAAUACACUAUAUAGGACAUUUAUCAUUCAAUACACUAAAGAAGCAGGAAACAUAUAUAAAACAUAGAAAAAUACACUAUAUAGAACAUCUAUCAUUCAAUACACUAAAGAAGCAAAAAACAUACAGUAUAUAAAACAUAGAAAAAUACACUAUAUAGGACAUCUAUCAUUCAAUACACUAAAGAGGCAGGAAACAUAUAUAAAACAUAGAAAAAUACACUAUAUAGGACAUUUAUCAUUCAAUACACUAAAGAAGCAGGAAACAUAUAUAAAACAUAGAAAAAUACACUAUAUAGGAGAUUUAUCAUUCAAAACACUAAAGAGGCAGGAAACAUAUAUAAAACAUAGAAAAAUACACUAUAUAGGACAUUUAUCAUUCAAUACACUAAAGAAGCAGGAAACAUAUAUAAAACAUAGAAAAAUACACUAUAUAGGAGAUUUAUCAUUCAAAACACUAAAGAAGCAGGAAACGUAUAUAAAACAGAAAAAUACACUAUAUAGGAGAUUUAUCAUUCAAUACACUAAAGAAGCAGGAAACGUAUAUAAAACAUAGAAAAAUACACUAUAUAGGAGAUUUAUCAUUCAAUACACUAAAGAAGCAGGAAACAUAUAUAAAACAUAGAAAAAUACACUAUAUAGGAGAUCUAUCAUUCAAUACACUAAAGAGGCAGGAAACAUAUAUAAAACAUAGAAAAAUACACUAUAUAGGACAUUUAUCAUUCAAUACACUAAAAAAGCAGUAAACAUAUAUAAAACAUAGAAAAAUACACUAUAUAGGAGAUUUAUCAUUCAAAACACUAAAGAAGCAGGAAACGUAUAUAAAACAUAGAAAAAUACACUAUAUAGGAGAUUUAUCAUUCAAUACACUAAAGAAGCAGGAAACAUAUAUAAAACAUAGAAAAAUACACUAUAUAGGAGAUCUAUCAUUCAAUACACUAAAGAGGCAGGAAACAUAUAUAAAACAUAGAAAAAUACACUAUAUAGGACAUUUAUCAUUCAAUACACUAAAGAAGCAGGAAACAUAUAUAAAACAUACAAGAAUACACUAUAUAGGAGAUUUAUCAUUCAAUAUACUAAAGAAGCAGGAAACAUAUAUAAAACAGAAAAAUACACUAUAUAGGAGAUUUAUCAUUCAAUACACUAAAGAAGCAGGAAACAUAUAUAAAACAUAGAAAAAUAAGUUUAAAAACAUUUUGAGUGUGUAGGAAAGAAUAUUCUAGUCAAUUAUUAAACAAGACCAACAUGAGCAACCAGAGCAACAUGGGGCAUUUAAACAGUAUUAUACGGAACGGUGCUGAGGAAGCAGACUACCCUCACUAUUUCAUAGAUGGACAUGAUAAAUAUGACAACAUGAAUCAGGUAGUUGAAAAGUUCAACAUCUAAUUUGUAAAUAUUGGAGCAGAGCUGGAAACAUUGGGCCUCAUUCCCGAACAUCUUCUUAAAAGUCUUCUUAAGAAGUGUCCUUAAGAAGGCGCGGGUUGGAAACUGCGCCACAUUCACGACACGUUCUUAAGUAGGGAUAAUCGUUCGUACCGGUGUUCUUAGGUUGAUGAAUGCCAACUGCGAUGCACGUGCAUGUGAGCCCUAAUUUGCAUAGGUCACCGCCUAUUAUUUCCUAUAUAAGGGCAAAAAUGUGCCGUGCGCAACAGGCAGCUGGAGGCGGAGAUGGCAACGCGCAAGGGCAAGACUGAGGAGCAGCUGGACAACAAACAGAAGAAAAACUUCAAUUGUACUGAAAUAGAGGUGCUUUUACAAGGAGUGAGCGAACACAAGACCACCUUAUUUUCACGUGUAUCCACCGGUCAUCAGGCCAUCCAAAAAGAGACGGCAUGGAGCACCAUUGCAGGAAACAUAAAUGCCAUUUCCACGGAGAAACGCACCACCGCAGAGGUUAAAAAGAAGUGGUUUGAACUAAAAUCAGAGUCAAAAAAAAGAUUGCACUGCACCGGAGGGAUCUGGAGGAAACGGGAGGUGGGCCAUCAAUCAGUGCAGGCCCCUCCCAGGUGGAUGACAGAAUCAUCACCAUCAUCAGGGAGACAUCCGUCAGUGUGGUUCCAAACACCCUGGAUACGGAUGUGGACUUUUCAUUUUUCAUAUCUGAUUCCGAAGCUGAGGACCUAGUAGGACGGAAAACACAGGCGAUAACAGAAGAACAAAUCCCGACUCAGGCCCGAACCCCGACACGAGUCAGGACUCCGACACAAGUGUCUGCUUCCUCCCGUCACCCCAGAAUCAUCUCUGGUGCUGUACUGGACAGUCAACAACAAAUAGCACACUCACUUUCUCAAAUUGCCACGACACUCCAAACCAUUUCGGAAACUCAAAAUAUUUACACAAUCAUGAUGGAAAAAUCAAAUCAAAAUUCAUAGUUUGUGUGUGACAAUGUAUUUUUUCUGUGGUUACAUUUGAUUAGACGCUGCCUAAUUAAUACAGCAGCCCCGUGCUCUGGCUCAAGACGUGGCUGGGGGCGCAUGUCGUUAUCUGGGGGUGCUACGUGCGCAAUAGACACACCACGUUUCAUUGCGAUGUUAUGCAAGACGCAGCAGGCCAUUAUGAUCCUGCACACCUGCAACAACAGAGAAUCAAUGAUUUAUCCAGUUGACCUAAUAAAACAUAUUUGCAAUGGAGAAUUCCUGGAUUAAUGAGAGCCUUCACAAAGAAUCAGAAUGUUUGCCUCUUAUUUAUUUGCCAUUCCAAAGCAUAAAUAAACUAAAACCUAAUAUUAAAUACUACAAAACCUACUGUACCUUUUCUGGUGUGUAGAGCAGCCUUCCACCUGCAGUGUCCAAACACAUCCAGCGUCCCUUGAGUAUACCGAUGGUGUGCUCCACGCAGGAGCGUGUACGUGUGUGCUUUAGCUUGUACAUUUGUUCUUGUGGGGUCUGCGGAUUAUUCAAUUUAAAUAGGACUUAAGUGGCAGAAAAUAUUUACAUAUUCUAAUUGUGAAAUUCCUUUUUUUUUGGAUGAAUUGGUGUUACGGCAAACAGCUGUUUUGCCAGCUGAUGCGCGAGCCCGUGACUGCGGCAGCCCUGUGACGCGCUCGGCAACAGGCAGAACCCUGUUUAGAUUAUUGCAGUUUUCUUUAAGAGAGCACUUGGUAGCGCACAUCCACUCCCGUAUUCAACCAGGUUACUAAAGAGGGUUUUUAUACAAUUCGCCAUUAGUUCGGCCAGUCAAGUCACAUGAUCAAAGCCAAUUUACUUUCAUGGAAAGUUACAGCGGUGAGCGCUCCCGUCUCAUCGGCUGGUGCGCGAGCACGCUAAUUACGCAGCUGUGUCAAAUCAGGCAGAGUAAAGAGACGCCACUACAUAGCAGAACAAAGGUUUUAGUUCCUCCACAGAGCUGUGAGAAUACUACCAACAUAGAGCUGAACGGACAGCCGGUUUUUCACCUCCUGAAAAAUAAAAGAAAAAGGAAAAACAGUCUGGGCUUGUUGAGUGAAGUCCUGCUUAAUUGUUCAGCGUUGGUACACCCCUUCAAGUGUGGGGAGCACAGCAAAAAAACAAAACACUUGACAGUGAAAAACCGCUGCAGCCCACUGCUGCGUCCAGGCCCCGCCCGCUGCUGCGUCCUGGACCCAGUGGAAGCAGCUGAAAAAGAGUGCAAGCGGGUGGUAGCCAACAAACCUAGCCUGAAGCUGGAGGUAUACGAACUCAUGCUCAGCAACCUUGAGGGGCUGGUGAAGAUGGCAAAACAGACCAUGCGCCAAUGGACUCGGUGGGUCCCAGAAGGAGAGCAGCCUGACUUCCGGCAGCGUGUCAGGAAUGUGGAGACUUCGAUGCAAGAGUUAAUUUCUGACAAGGCUACCUUGCUGCAGGUGAAGCUGGAAAGCAAGGGGCCCUCUGAGGAGACACCACACCAGUCACCUACCAUCAAGCUGAAACCAACGGCACUCCCACAGUUUGACGGCAACAAGCAGAACUUCUACCUCUGGAGGAAAGAGUGGGAGGCACUACAAAGGCAAGGUGAACCGACUGGCUCCAAGGAGGUCAGGAAAAUCCAGCUGUUGGACAGCCUGGAGGACAAAGUAGUGAGGGACCUUCGCCUGUCAACAUAUGGGACGGCGGAUGAAAUAUUUAGUGUGCUGGGGAAUCAGUUUGGAAAUAAGACAGCAAUUGCCCUGGAAAUCAUUGAGGAGCCGCAGGUGCUGUCACCAGAAAAAAGUUACCAACCCAGGAAGAUUGUCGAUUUAAUACAGGUCGUGGAAAAGGCCCUGUAUGACCUCAGUGAACUGGGAAACACUGGGGCCCUGAAAAAUCCACUCGUUACCAAGUCCCUGGAGAGUAAGCUGCCAGACGGCUUAAAGAAGGAGUGGCUGGUCCAUGUGUCGGAAGGAGAGGAAGCCUCAUCACCUGAGGAGAGGUUUGACAUGCUCCUUAAGUUUCUGAGAAGUCAGGAAAAGAUUUAUGAGCAGCUGGACCAGCUCAGGGAUGAUGACCCCAGCAGGAGGGAGUCAAGAGUCCCACAAAAACAUGCCCGAACAAAAACCACCAACUCCUCAAGCUCCCAACCAUCCUGUGUUGUCUGUGGAGAGAGGGGCCAUAGAAAGAGACUCUAUUACUGCAAGAAGUUCAAAGUUCUCAAAAUAGCAGAGAAAAAGGAAGCAGUUAAAAAAAUUGGUGCUUGUGGGAGGUGCCUGGAGGUCCACGACGAUGACGCAGAGUGCAAGACCACCUUUCCGUGCAAAAGCGAGGGGUGUAAUGAUGCUCAAGGCCCGGGUCAUCACUACUACCUCUGUCCCGAGGCUGCAAGUAAGGGAGAUGGGCCGAGGAAGCCAAAGCUUAGUCCAGCAAAAGGGGGAUGGAAAAAGUACACAGAGGCCCAGGAAGAGUUCCUGACAAGCCUGCCCCCUGACUCAGCCCAGCAGUGUCGUGAUGUCUUCUGCAACUCAGUCUCAAAGACAUUCAGUUCAGCCGUAUCUGAGAGGAGUUUGCUGGCAGAGAGUGGAUUUGAAGAGUUCCCUGUCAUAAUGAUGAUCCUGGAAGUUACUGCAAAUGCUGGACAGAGGAUUGGGACCCUGAUAAACUUGGCGUCCGACACGAACUACAUCACUCAUGAGGCUGCAGGUGAGCUGAACCUGAGGAGUGAGGAUGUGACGCUCAUAGUCCAUGGAGUCGGCGGGAUGCAAGUGACAGUGGAUACCAAGCGUUACCUCCUGAAGAUCCGGGUCACAACAGCAAAGGGAACCCUGAGGUCUCACCAGCUUGUGUGUUACGGACUGGACAGCAUUGCAGAGGUCAAUCGCCACAUACCACCCAAGACACUGCAAAAAAAUGUCCCUCUUCAUGAACUGGUCUGUCCUACUAAAAUCAAGCUCCUCAUCAGCCACAAGGAAGGCCGACUCGUCCCUCAAAAAGUGCGCUCUGUUGGUGACCUUGUCCUGUGGAAUGGUCCCCUUGGGAAAGCAGUGGGUGGCUCUCAUCCAGAUCUCAUGGAAGAUGUUAAAGUCACAGCCCACUUGACAAUUGAGGUUUGAAUAUAUAUUUAUCAAUGGAGUAUAUUUUAGUUGUUUUGAUGAUAAAUAAUUGUUGGGAUAUUUUAUUUGCACUACAUUUUUUGGGAUCAGGUUGCAAAAUCCAUCAUGAGGGCGAUUGCGCAUUGAAAGUGCAAGCUUUGAUUGUGCGUAAGAGUCCUCCUGAGCGUUCGUAGAAUUUGUUCUUAGAUCUAAGAACUGAGUUAAGAACACGUUUCGUGAACGCCAAAAAUCUUCGUAAGAAGGCUUUAAGAACACAUUUGUGCGUAAGAACGUUUCGUGAAUGAGGCCCAAAGAUCCCAAAUGACCCCCAGUAGAGGAAAGGAAUGCCAACUCCAUGUUCCUCACUAACGUUACACAAAAGGACAUCAUUGAUGUUGUUCAUACAUUUAAAGCCAAAACAUCAACGAUUGCAACGGAAUAGAAAUGGAAACGAUAUAAAGGGUUAUGAAUGAGAUUGCACAACCGCUAACGUACCUUAGAAACCUAUCAUUCCUGACAGGUAAAUUCCCAAACAACAUAAAAAUAGCUAAAGUAGUUCCAAUCUUUAAAAAUGGAAACAAACAUCAAUUCAUAAAUUACCGACCAGUGUCCUUAAUGUCACAACUUUCCAAAAUAAUUGAAAAACUAUUUAAUAACAUGUUGGGCAAUUUUAUAAAUAAAAAUGAGUUACUAGCAGACAGCCAAUACGGAUACAGAACUAACAUUUCAACGUCCAUGGCGCUGAUUGAAAUUACAGAGGAAAUCACCAAUGCUAUAGAUCACAGAAAGUAUUUAUGGAUUUAACAAAAGCCUUGGACACAAUUAAUCAUGAUAUCCUAAUCACUAAACUAGGAAUCAGAGGGUUAGUCUUGAAUUGGGUUAAAAGCUACUUGGCUGACAGGAGGCAACAUGUGAAGCUAGGAGAAUAUACGUCAUAUAUCAUGUGGCGUACCCCAGGGGUCAAUCCUAGGACCAAAACCAUUCAAUCUAUAAAUAAAGGACAUCUGUAAAGUCCCAAGAGACCUAAAGCUAGUAUUAUUUGCAGACGAUACAACCGCAUUGUGUUCUGGAGACAGCACACCAGAGCUAGUACAACAAAUCACAGAUGAACUAAAUCUACUAAAAAGAUGGUUUGAUAAAAACAGACUAUCCCUGAACCUCAGUAAAACUAAAGUAAUGCUAUUUGGUAAGUGUAAAAAGGAAAUGUACCAGCAAAUACAAAUUGAUGAUGUAAACAUUGACAGGGUGAACCUAAAUACAUUUCUCAGGGUUAUAACAGACCAGAAGAUGAACUGGAAAUCUCACAUUAAAAAUUUUAAACAUAAAGUGGCAAGAAACACCUCAGUACUGAAUAAAGCUAAAUUUGUCCUUGACCAAAAAGCACUACAGUACAUACGCUCUACUGUUGACUGAUAUCAGCAUAUCAAAAGUAUUGUGUGGAGUUAUGGGUCAUAACUACAAAAGUGCACUUCAGUCACUAACUGUGCGACAAAAAGGUCACUUAGGAUCAUCCAUAAUGCUGCUUACAGAGAACACACAAACUCUUUAUUUAUAAAAUCACAAUUAUUAACAUUUGCCGAUCUAGUAAACUUUCAGACGGCUAAAAUGAUGCAUAAAGCAAACAAUAACCUUCUACCCAAAAAUGUAAAACAAUUAUCAACUUAUCAACAAGAGAGGAGAAAUAUGACCUGAGGAGAAAAUGUAAGCUAAAACACUUCAAUGCACGGACAACACUGAAAACUUUCAGCAUUUCUGUGUGUGGAAUCAAGUUGUCGAACGGAUUGAGUGAGGAACUCAAACAAUGCACAACAAUGAGCCAUUUGAAGAACAAGCACAAGCAGUUGAUGUUCACAAAAUACAAAGAAGAACAGACCUGAACUACAAGUACUAACCACUACUACACUGACUACUAACUCUUCAUUGUGGAGAGUACAUGGUCUGUACUCACUCAUCAUCAAUCAAACACUCUUUCAACCAUCUUAUCAGUUAUUAUUAAGCCUCUAGCUUCCUUUUAGUAAGUAAAAACCUUGGCUAUGAUUGCACUACAUUGUCAUGUAGACCUACAAAGUACACUUGGAAGAACAAGAGGUGAAUAAAUGUAUUGCAACUGAUGUGAAACUGAUGAGGGGUAGGAUUAAAUAAGCUUUGCUUUUUCCUACUCCUUUUUGGACAUGCAAAAUUAUGAAUUGUACUAUGUGAUGUGCUACUGUUUGACUCAUGCAUGUUCAGGAUGAAUUCAAACCAUGAACCAUGAACCAUAUUAGGGGCCCUAAUACUCCGUCGUAGUAUAUUAUAUGAUCUUCAUAGAUUUAUGAACACAUUUAUUGAUAUUUAUCUUACAAUUUGAUAUAUUAUUCAUACAUUUAAGCCAUUUUUAAAAUGAUUUGACCGUAAAUAUUUUGGAAAUAAAACUAAAAUUAAAACAAAAAUGUAUUAUUUUUUCAAUAAUUGCGAAUGAAUGAGACCCUCACUGAAGGAUCCCAGUCUGAAUUGUGUUGUAUUGUGUUGUCGGUCCCGUGGUGUCACAUGACCAUGUGCCCUGACGCUGAC